AUGGCGUGCCCCGUGGUUCAGGCCAUUGGCUUCCACAAGUACUCGGGCAGGGAAGGUGACAACACUCUGAGCAAGAAGGAGCUGAAGGAGCUGAUCCAGAAAGAGCUCACCAUUGGUGCGAAGCUGCAGGAUGCUGACAUUGCAAAGCUGAUGGACGACCUGGACCGGAACAAGGACCGGAACAAGGACCGGAACAAGGACCAGGUGGUGAACUUCCAGGAAUAUGUCACCUUCCUGGGAGCCUUGGCUUUGAUCUACAAUGAUGCCCUCAAGGGCUGAAAAUAAAUCAGGAAGGUGGAGACACCCUCCAUCGGGCCUGCCUGAGUCAGCUCCAGUGGUGGGUAACUGUUCAAUAAAUAUCUUUUUUUGGUCAA